AUGGAUUCAAAGCUCCCCUCUCAGGAGGACCCGCCAUUCGGCGUCAACAAAACAAUUGAAUCGCCAUGCGAAUUAACAGAUUCACUGAGUCGCCUGACUCUGGCGACAGCAAUGACUACCCCGUUGCCUCCCUCUCCACGUCUCAAUCCUUCUCAACUUCCUGUUCGACCUGCUCCAGCCGUACCUCUACAGCCCGCUCAGUCUGUCUCUACACCAACUCAAAUCCCACCUGUACCUGCAAUUCCACCAACAUCGCAGCCUAAGGGCUCUGCGUCGCGCAACGAGCGCCGCAAAUCACUACCCGCAUUACAAAAUCGCAAAUCAGCAGCUUCUCUCCGUUCGGUCUCAGGACCACAUAAACCUACUUCGCCAAUCCCCGAUCCUUCACGUCGCACAUCACCUACCUCAGCAUCUCCACCCGGUGUGGUGUCGCCAGCCAUCCCUGCUGCGCGCCCAGCUCUCCACCCGGCCCCAGAGCCUGUCACCUCGACCCCCGCAGCAGUGGCGGCGGAGCACUUCGCCCAAGAGCUCGCCCUGCACCAAUCGGGCAAUCUUCCAACCAAAACAGCAGUGGUUAUACAUGAAUCCUGCUACGGACAUCGUUUCGAGCGCCUGGAAGCUAAGCAAGCUUACCUGGACAACAUUGUCGAAAGGCCCGAGCGCAUCCGCGCCUGCACUGUCGGUAUCUCAAUGGCAUAUGUUCGCCUCGGUCUUCGAUAUGCCGCUGAACAAUUCGCCCCAAACCCCAAUCGACCUCUCAAUGAACUUAACGCACCCUUCCAAAUCCUCAAGACAGAACGCAAGAUUCCUGUCACUGAUCCUGUUGUUACGAAUGUUCAUGGAAAUGCCUGGAUGACUGAGUUGAAAUGGAUGUCUGAAAUCGCGGAAAGCCGCAUACUCCUCGAGACCAGCGAAGUCGCCCGCCAGCGGAUGAUCGACGAUGAUGGUCAGUCUACGAGUGGUCCAGCCUUGUCUGAAGGUGAUCUUUAUCUCUGUUCGCAAUCACUCAAUGCCUUUGAAGGAGCUCUAGGAGGCGUCUGCGAAGGUGUGGAUGCUGUUUUCAACCCCGGUCCUAUUGAGCGUGUCUUCGUUUGUAUUCGACCUCCUGGUCACCACUGUUCGGCCAGUUUCCCCUCCGGCUUUUGCUGGAUCAACAAUGUUCACGUCGGAAUCUCCCAUGCUGUUGCAGCCCACGGGCUGACCCAUGCUGCCAUCCUGGACUUCGAUCUUCACCACGGUGACGGAUCGCAAGACAUCACAUUCGACCACAAUUCGAAAAUUCUCAGCAAAGAUCAACAAGCCCACUACAAAGCCGCGGAACUCAGAACCAAGCACAAGUCCCCCGAGCUGGCUGAAUACGAGAAGCUAUCGCCCUACGAAAAGACCCCCAUCGGCUACUACAGCGUGCACGAUAUCAAUUCUUUCCCGUGCGAGGGUGGCGAUCGUGACAAGGUCGUCGGUGCUAGUCUGUGCAUCGACAACGCCCACAAUCAAUCCAUCUGGAAUGUUCACUUUGAAACCUGGGAUUCCCAAGACCAAUUCUGGAAUCUGUAUCAAACCAAAUACAUCGCCCUGCUAUCCAAAGCCCGCUCCUUCCUGCGCCACCACACAAGACAACUCGCCAAUGAGUUCGCUCAAGAUGCAACUGCCAGUCCACCCAAAGCGGCCAUCUUCAUCUCCGCUGGGUUCGACGCGAGCGAGUGGGAAGGACAAGGAAUGCAGCGCCACACAGUGAACGUUCCCACCGAGUUCUAUGCCAGAUUCACCGCCGACGUGGUACGGAUGGCUCAAGAGGAAGACCUCGGUGUGGAUGGUCGCGUCAUCAGUGUCCUCGAAGGAGGUUACAGCGACCGGGCCCUUUCUUCCGGUGUCCUCGGUCACCUCUCCGGCCUAGGUGAGGGGACUGGCCCCGUGGCCGAUCAACACGGGCCAGUCCCCGCGCUCGGCGCCCCCUACACCUACAAUCCAGAAUGGUGGGGCGCCAGCAACCUGGUGGAGAUGGAGGCCGUGCUGGCCCCGAAGAAGGGCCGCCCCAAGGGGCAGACGACGUACCUUGCGCCGACGGAAUCUUUCGCGGCUAAGGUUGUCGGGACGGGACGGGACCGUCGAUCAAUCGGGGAUGGGGAGCUCCAAGCCCCCAUCCCCGCGGUCCCGGAAGUGAGCUGGGCAACCGCCACUUCUGAGCUGUUCAAACAGCUCAUCCCGUCCCGGCAGACGGGCAGCUGCCGCCCUGUCGAUCUGACAGGUGCGGCUAGCGCCCGCCGUCGUCAACUCAGCGGCGACGGUGGCGUCGCCGCUGAGGGGGGUCGCCAACUGCGCACCCGUCGGCCCCGGCCAGAGGCUUCGGCGCCGGCUACGCCGCGCCCUGCCACGCCGGGCCGCGGGCGCAGGACCCCCAAAACCACCAUCGCGGCCACCACCAUCCCAAACGCAGCCGCCACCGAGUCACCCUCGGUGGGCGCGACCCGUCGCAAGGGUCGCCCUGCCACCCCGCGCCGGGGGAGCCCGCUUCAGCGGCCCCCCGUGCCCAAGGUCCCAUCCGUGGGACCGGGUGUGCAGCGGCUGCGUUUGUCCAUGCCAGAUCCCACCAGGGGACGAAAGUCCUCUGGUGGAUCUGGCCCGGAUGAUGGGGUGCGCCCGGGGCGGGUGUCCAAGUCCCCGCGCGCUAUGAAGAAGCGCGCGGGGCGGUCACCCGCCUCGAAGGCGAUGGUGGAGGAUGUUCCCAUGGGGGACGAUUAG